UCUGAAUUCUCACCUCACUUUACUCUCUUUUCUCUUAAGGAAAGAGCUAGGAAGCUCUCUUGAGUCUUUCUCUCAAACCCAUGGUCAACACCUCAAAAGGAAAAAUGAAGCUCCAUAUAAUUUCUUCUUCAUAAUCCCUCAAAGAAACUAGAAGACUCAAAUACUCUCUUAAGCUCUCUACCUCUCACACUUUCGGGUUUACUAGGAAAAGGAAAUCCUUUCAUGCAAGAGUAAUUCUACUUCUAUUUCCACUCAAGAACCAUAAAUUUGAUCACAGUUCUCACAAAGAGCAGCAUUCAUUCAAUUCUCACUAAUUAAGAAAUGGCGGAAGGAGCUCUGUUCAGCGUUUCUAGUGGAAUCAUCAGGAAAGCGGGCGACGUAGCAGUCCAAGAGAUUGCGCUCAUCUGGGGUGUCAAAGACGAGAUCAAAAAACUCAAGGAGACAGUUUCCACAAUCAGUGCUGUGCUUUUGGAUGCAGAGGCGAAGAAACACAACAAUGAAGUCAAACUGUGGCUGCAAAGGCUUAAGGACGCCAUGUUUGAUGCGGAUGACUUGCUGGAUGAAAUCUCCACUGAGGCCUUGCGACGGGAAGUAAUGACCCGGGACAAGAAGGCCAAAGAGGUACGCAUCUUCUUUUCCAAAUCUAAUCAGCUUGCAUAUGGUCUUAGAAUGGGUCAUAAGGUUAAGGCCAUGAGGGAGAGGUUUGAUGCGAUUGCAGCUGAUAGGAAAUUCCAUUUAGAUGAGCGUUCUGAGGAGAGACAAGUCAGGUAUAAGGCAAGACAGCAGACUCAUUCUGUUGUACGUGCUGAAGAUGUUAUUGGGAGGGAGGAGGAUAAGAAGGCCAUCAUUGGAUCUCUGUUGGAUCCCAAUGUCAAGGAGAAUGUUUCUGUCCUUCCGAUAGUUGGUGUCGGAGGACUAGGAAAGACGACAGUUUCUCAACUUGUCUUCAAUGAUGAGGAAAUCAAGAACCAUUUUGAGCUAAAAUUGUGGGUGUGUGUCUCUGACGAUUUUGAUGUGAAGAUAAUUGUUGAGAAAAUCUUGGAAUGUAUAAAAAAUGAGAAACCAAAAGACCUUGAAAUGAACACAUUAGUCAAUGAUCUCGAAAAAGAAAUUAAUGGAAAGAGAUAUAUGCUUGUGUUGGACGAUGUGUGGAAUGAGGAUCGUGAAAAAUGGAGUGAAUUGAAAAAAAUUUUAAUGGGUGGUGCAAAAGGCAGUAGAAUCUUAGUGACUACACGUAGUGAAAUCGUGGCAAAGAUUUCGCAGUCUAUUCAACCACACGUGCUAAAGGGUUUAGAAGAACAAUAUGCCUGGUCUUUAUUUAAGAAGAUGGCAUUUGAAGAGGGGGAAGAAGAGAUGAAUGCAAGCUUUUUAGAAAUUGGGAAGGAAAUUUUAAAAAUGUGUGUAGGGGUUCCACUUGCAAUUAGAACAAUAGGUGGUUUAUUGUAUUUCAAAAAAUCCGAAAUAGAGUGGAGAUCAUUCAAAACCAAUGAACUUUCAAAAAUACGUCAAAACGAAAGUGACAUUUUACCAACAUUAAAGUUGAGUUACAAUUAUCUCGCAUCACAUUUGAAGCAAUGAUUUGCUUAUUGUAGUCUAUUUCCA